AUGUUCCGAUCUUUUACGUUUUCUUCGAGAAUCCUAAAAUAAUGGAGAACAUACAGAAACUGGAAUGAAGUAUCGAUUUGCAUUCUGGAUGCACUGAAUACUACGUUGCAGAAAUAUAACACUAUUACAGUGCUCAAACUGCCCAAUUGUCAAAUAAAUGCUUACGGCAUCUUACAAAUAGCGCAAAUGUUGACGGAAUUCGAAUGUCUAACCGAUUUAAAUCUGGAUAACAAUCCAAAUGUGCAAGAAAAUUUUUUUUUGCUUUGCACACCGGCUAGAAAUUUACACUAUUUAUCGUUGAAGAUGUGCAAGUUAUCCGAUAAAGGUAUACAAAAAAUCGCAGAUGAAUUAAAAUACCGGGAUCCGCCGAACGAUCCAAAAUUAAUUGCUCUUAAUGUGGCGGAUAACGAUAUUACAGACAUCGGUGCUGAGUAUAUCGCUGAGAUGCUUCGAACUAAUCGAUCUCUACAAAGCAUGAUCUUAACCAGAAACAAGAUACAAGAUGACGGGGCGUUGCUGAUAAUCCAGGAACUUUGCAUGUAUUUUUAA